AGCCCACACUGCUUUCUCACCUAAACAACUCGUGCUCGACGUGUCUGAGCUCAGUGUUUCACUGCUACUGCCGCGCGACAGAAAAGGGCACCAUUCUCAUCCACAAAGGAAUUCCACAAGAAAGGCCGUCUGACUGAAGAAAAAACGGGAUUUUUAUGACCCUAGAUGAACACAUCAGCCAAGUAACUGGGCAAAGUGUAAGAAUUCUCCCUUCCUGCUUGUCGGGGCGGAACGAACCACCCGCAGAAAUCAGGACUGCCCCGCCCCUGAGCAAUGCACAGCACCACACGGGUGUCCGCAUCACCACUGCGUAACUACCUGUGGACGCUCACUGUCGCGACAGUACCAGCUGCUUGUAGCUGCUGCUGCACUGUGUACCAGCUACACACUGUGUUUCAUUGUUCAUUCUGUUCUUGAGCAGCACUUGCCUUGCUCUUUCUAACAGUAUUACCAUUCUCAUUACCAUUCCACCUGCUCUUUACUUGAAAUCAGACCCACUUAUAUCCACAAUUGUCAUUAAACUUUGUAAAGACUGCAAAUUGUCCUGGUUAAAGGCAUGUGCUAGCCUAAAUAUAGCUUAGCUUAGCUUAGCUUGACUUAGCUGAAAGUAAUGAAAUGAAUAUAGAGCAAAAGGCAGAAACCAUGACCCUCACUGAAAACCUAUGACCCUCCAUCAGCCCUUUAAAACGUAUUAUGUUGCUCAGUGGGAUGCUGGGAUGACGUAGUUGUUGAGGUUUUUUCACCGAGGUCCCUGGUGAGGUCGGGAGAUUGCAUGUUCUCCUCGUGUGCGUGUGAGUAUCCUCUGGGCGCUCUGGUUUCCUCCCACGGAGAAAAGAUACGCAGGGGGACGAAGUGGAUUGUGGGAAAACCGGCCCUGGUAUGAGUGUGUGCCAGUUUGUGCCUGUGUGUAUCUGCCCAGUGCUUCCCAGGAUGGGCUCUGGGUCACCAUGAACCUGAACUGGAAGAGCGGUUUGUGAAAGUGCUGUGAUGUGAACUGAAAUCUGCUCUCUGCCUGGUUGCUACCUCCUGACUCUGUUGGCUGAUGGCUUCUGACAUGGCCCCUGUCUCGAGCCUGUCUGUUGAACGUUCGAGCAUCACACCUGCGCGACUCGAGAGCGACAGGCUGAAGGGGAGGGGUCCAAAAGCCCGUUGGGUUUCCUGCUGUGGUUUCGGCGCGCUCGUCGGAGAGCACAGUCAGUGUGCGCUGGGGUGCCGGCCUGCACUCGCGCUCACUUCCCACAGCGCUACACAGCGCGCCCCACUUUCCUCCUGACAUUGAGGGCACCUCAACCUCUGCAGAGAGGUUAGGACCCAGGCACAGAGCGCAACACACGCAAGAAAAGACUUCACAUUUUUGUCAGAGGAACACACUUUUCUUUUCAUUUAGCCCCCCUGCUGUCCCCUAAAGUACUGCCUAUCCAGAACAUUCUCCCUCUCGCCACAGCCCACAGAGCAGUGUCUGCGUCACCCGCGAAUUUGCAGCGUCACCCAUUUUGAGGACGUAUUCACUCUGAGUCUUGCUUCAGGAAGUAAAGGGCAACACCAGGGGGCUUGAGCUGCGAAUGCAGUAGGUGAUCACUGCAGCUAGAAAUUUCCAUUAACGCACGAGACGACGAAGGGGCGAGUCCUUAUCAUCCGCGGACGAGGUCUCACGAUUUGGUCUUCGGUCUGAGAAGCCAUUGCUCUGGGAGCUAAGAGUGAUUCUCCAUAUCGGUCCUGGAGAGACAAAGCGGGCCUUGUGGAUUUCCCUCUGCCUGCACUCUGACGUUCCUGAGUUCUUGAGUUGAUUGAUCCCGAGUUGAUUGAGUCAGCUCUUGAGCCGAUUGACCGGAAAUCGCCAGCGCAUUCCAGCUUUCAGGGCCCGAGGAUUGGGAGCGACCUUUUCACCCCUGCGGGGCUGCAGGGGGGCGAAACCGACCGUCGCUAAUUUCAGUCGAGAGGCGCAGAUUCGACCGACUCGAUUGUCCUGUGCUCCCGGCAGCCUCGCGUGUCCCGAGCAUCGCUGAAAGAAGACCCCCUCUGGUGGCUGUCCCGCCGACGCCAUGCCGGACCCCGCCGCUGAUCUGCCCUUCUUCUACGGCAGCAUCAGCCGCUCCGAGGCGGAGGAGGUGCUGAAGCUGGCCGGCAUGUCCGACGGGCUCUUCCUGCUGCGCCAGUGCCUGAGGAGCCUGGGGGGCUACGUGCUGUCCAUGGUGUGCGACGUGCAGUUCCACCACUACCCCGUGGAGCGCCAGCUGAAUGGCACCUACGCCAUCGCCGGGGGCAAGCCCCACUGCGGGCCCGCCGAGCUCUGCGAGUACUACUCCAAGGACCCCGACGGCCUGGUCUGCACCCUGCGCAAGCCCUGCCUGCGCCCGCCCGGCGUCGACCCCAAGCUCGGCGUCUUCGACAGCCUCCGGGAGAACAUGCUGCGCGAGUACGUCCGGCACACCUGGAACCUGGAGGGGGAAGCGAUGGAGCAGGCCAUCAUCAGCCAGGCCCCCCAGCUGGAGAAGCUCAUCGCCACCACGGCCCACGAGAAGAUGCCCUGGUACCACGGCAAGAUCCCGCGCCUGGAGGGCGAGCGGCGGCUCUACUCGGGGGUGCAGCCCGACGGCAAAUUCCUAGUGAGGGACCGGGAUGAAUCGGGAACUUUUGCUUUGUCCAUGAUAUAUGGAAAAACAGCUUACCAUUAUCAGAUCAUCCAGGAUAAAUCUGGGAAAUACUCCAUGCCGGAAGGGACCAAAUUUGACACAGUGUGGCAGCUGGUGGAAUAUCUCAAACUCAAACCCGAUGGUCUUGUCUACACACUGCGGGAGCCCUGCAUCAGUCCCAACUGCACCAUAGCCCAGGCAGCUCCAGUGCCUCCAUCAGCUAGAAAACUGGGAGCAAAUGGAUACACACCGCCACCCAAAGCCCCGCUGGCGCUGGGAGCCCCCCAGCGGCCCACCCCCAUGGACACCUCUGUGUACGAGAGCCCCUACAGCGACCCCGAGGAGCUGAAGGACAAGAAGCUGUUCCUGAAGAGGGAGCAGCUGAUGAUCGACGAGGUGGAGCUCGGCUCGGGCAACUUCGGCUGCGUCAAGAAGGGCGUCUACAAGAUGAGGAAGAAGCAAAUCGACGUGGCCAUCAAGGUGCUGAAGAGCGAGAACGAGAAGGCCGUGAAGGACGAGAUGAUGAAGGAAGCUGAGAUCAUGCACCAGCUGGACAACCCCUACAUCGUGCGCAUGAUAGGGAUCUGCCAGGCCGAGAGCCUCAUGCUGGUCAUGGAGAUGGCACCUGGCGGCCCACUCAACAAGUUCCUGUCCUCCAGGAAGGAGCAGAUCUCGGUGGAGAACGUGGUGGAGCUCAUGCACCAGGUCUCUCUGGGGAUGCUCUACCUGGAGCAGAAGAACUUCGUGCACCGGGACCUGGCGGCCCGGAACGUCCUGCUGGUCAAUCAGCACUAUGCCAAGAUCAGCGACUUCGGCCUUUCCAAAGCCCUGGGCGCCGACGACAACUAUUACAAGGCUCGUACGGCUGGAAAGUGGCCCCUGAAGUGGUACGCCCCGGAGUGUAUCAACUUCCACAAGUUCUCAAGUAAGAGCGAUGUGUGGAGUUUCGGCAUCACCAUGUGGGAGGCCUUCACCUACGGACAGAAGCCUUAUAAGAAAAUGAAGGGCCCGGAAGUGAUCAGCUUCAUUGAAGCAGGAAACCGAAUGGACUGUCCAUCUGUCUGUCCAGAAGAAAUGUACACCCUGAUGAAAGACUGCUGGAUCUACAAACACGAGGAGCGGCCUGGCUUUUUGAUUGUCGAGGAGAGGAUGCGGGAGUACUAUUACUCCAUAUCGAAAAAGACGACGCCUGCCACUCCGACCGAGAAGCCCCCAGAGGUCGCCGUCUGAGCCGGGGGGGCCGGGGGGAGGGGGCAGCCGUGGUGCUGCCGUGCAGCUGCAUUGCAGAACCCGGAUCCCAGCGCUCCCUUCCUAACCCCCCUGCAGGAUCGGCGAGGAGCAGUUCUAGCAAUGGGCUGCGACGGCAGAGCCGAGGACGUCUGGCGCUCACCUGUCCUGGGAGAAGAGCUGUCUGGCGCAGUGAGCCAUGCAGACCCGACCGGCAGGAUCAUUUCGUCACCCAGGAAAAACAAAAGGCUUUGUUCUGCUCUAGGACUGUUUCAUGCAAAUCCUAAUCUUUCUAUCUGACAAGGCGGGGAGACGGGCUUUAUUGUGCACAGAGCUGGGCGCACACAUGAUGUCUUGCAGAACAUUUUAGCAACAUUCGUGUUUUUUUUUCCUCACAGUGAACAUUCUGCCCUGUGCUUUUUUUUAUUCAAAAUAGUUUUCCAAAAGCACCCUAGACACUGCAUGGAGACUCCUUUUUAUAGACAAGCCACAACAGUCCUUGUCUUCUCUGUAGGAAAACUUCAGGCUGCCCACUCGCUAGUAAAUGAAUCAGAUUGGCUUUUGGACCACAGUCUUGCCUACAGAGAAAACCAGGUCCAAACUGCCUCUCAAUAGAGCUUUGGGCAAACUAAUACUUGCACAAGCUUUGGAGAAGAAUGUUUUCUGUUCCUGACAGUUUUUUUUUUGUCUUUCUAAAUAAUUUAGAUCUUGUGAACUUCAGUGAGAAGCUCUUUAGCUUAAACAGUAUAAAGCUGUUUGUAAUUGUAAUUGCUGUACAUGCAUAAUUCAACUUUGAUAUUGUCUUUUUAUGCUGAUACAACUGCAGUUGCAAAACCUGAUGAAAUAAGAGUUUAUUUAUAAAAGCAACUUUAUAAAAUUGCUUUUAUAAAUCCAGAAUACUCCAGGUCACUUAGGGAUUUUUAUGGUCUGAAUGGAGUAUCUGCUCCAUACGUGUUAAGAAUUAAUUUCUCUUAUGGGUAGAAAAAAAACAAGUAUUUUAGUUCUGCACUGUGUUGGACAACAAAGAAGCCCUGUUAGGAUCUGUAGAUAUCAGUUCUAAAGCUGAUAUAAUUCGCCAGCAAGAGACUUCCUUUCAGGUAUUGAUAAAUACUGUGUUUUACUAAAGGCAGGGGACAGCAUGUUAGAAAGCAAGAAAUAAUUGGCUGUGAGGCCAUUAUUUCACAGUAACCCUUAACAGUGGGCCACAUCUCCACGUGCAUUUCAAUGAGUCAUGUUCCAGUAGAGCAACACUGAAACUGAAACAGGAGAGCAGAGAGUAUUGUUAAGAGGAUUAUACAUUUAUGCAAGACCAUUAGUCCUCAAACUGGUAGAAAAACCAGAAUUCCCUGUGCAGCACAGCCAAAGGAAACAGGAAAAACACCUCCCUCUUCUCCGCUUUGUUUUGGUGUUUCUUCAAACUAAAACCCCUCUCGGUUCCUGUGUUUCAUUCUCGCCACCUGGGGCAGUGGAGCCGCCCGCGCAGGUCUCGCUGAAGGAGGUCCAGCAGCAUGUUGCCCCCGCAGCUGGACAGGGGGCCUGUGGCCCCACAGUCACUGUCGCCACACAGAAGGCCUGCAGGCCACCCCCUUGCACAGGCGAGAGAGGACGAGGUGCUUUUCUUUUAAACUACAUUUAACCAACUAUUAUCCAAGCCACUUUGACUGUCUUCAUUCCUUCUUGUGAUGGAUUGAGUCUGAUAGGCUGAUAAUGUACCUGUUAGACUUUUGAUUUUUACUGCGAUGAUUAUCAAAGCCCUCUUUACAGUAGCACAUAUUUGUCUGUGAGCUGCAUAUUUUCAUGGCAAGCCUUAAGAUUUCAACUUUUUUUUUUGAGAAAUACAAAUUACAUGUCUGUCAUUACUUCCUUAAUACCUGUCUUUAUGUAUUUUUGCCUUGGAAGGGAAUUCUGUUGUUGUUGUUUUUUAAAUAAAGAUAAUUUACUGUUUUAA